AUGAGUGAAUCUGAUAGUAGUUUCAGUGCCGGUGGAGGAAUGGAACUUGAUCCGGCUUUUGCUGCAAUACCAAAAAACAAAUCUUGUUUAUGCGUAUGGCGUAUUGAGAAUUUUAAACUAGUCGCUGUACCACGUGAAUCUCAUGGAAUAUUUUUUAAAGGUGACGCUUAUGUUAUUUAUCAUGCUGAAGAAAUAAAAAAAUCUACCGGUUCAUCAUCAACAACAUCGUCGACUCUUAUUCAACAUAUUCAUUUUUGGAUUGGUUCAGAAGCUACACAAGAUGAAGCCGGUGUAGCGGCUUAUAAAACUGUUGAAUUAGACGAUCAUCUAUUAGGCAAUGCAGUUCAACAUCGAGAAGUACAAGGGAAUGAAAGUGAACGCUUUUUAUCUUAUUUUAAAUCUCGCGGUGGUGUUACAUAUCGUCAAGGUGGUGUUGCUUCUGGUUUUCAUCGACAUCAAUCUACCAAUGAACCGCGUUUAUUUCGUUUGAAGGGCCGUCAUACAGUACGACUUUUUGAAAUGCCAGCUAUCGACUGGUCAAAUAUAUCACGUGGAGAUGUUUACAUAUUGGAUUUAAGCGAAGUCAUAUUUGUAUGGAAUGGAGCUCGAUCAAAUAAAUUUGAACGUUUACAGGCUAUACAACGUGCCAGACAAUUACGUGAUGAACGUGGUAAAACAAAUAUUGUUAUUAUUGAAGAUGGUGAAGAAAUGAAAAUGAGCAAAGAUGAAUUGAAAUAUUUUGAAAUGAAAUUACCACUAAAAGAUAAAAAAUUAAAUUUAAACGAAACAAUCGAUGAAAAUGAUGAUGAUGAUAGACGUGCGGAAGGUGCACAUAUUAAACUUUAUAAAUGUUCAGAUGAAAGUGGAACAUUAAAAGUAACAGAGAAAAAGGUUGGACCAUUAAUUAAAAGUGAUUUAGAAAGUGAGGAUGCGUAUAUUAUUGAUAAUGGUCCCUAUGGAAUAUGGGUUUGGGUUGGACGACGUUCAAAUCCAAAGGAGAGACGAGAAGCAAUGCGCAAUGCACUUGGUUUUCUUCAAAAGAAAGGUUACACAAAAACGACAAAAGUUUGUCGUGUUAUCGACGGUGGUGAGCCAAUGGAAUUUAUUGCUUUAUUUAAAACAUGGAUUGAUUCCAAUGCUCAAAAAGGUCUUGGAAAAACUUACAGCAAAGGGAACAUAGCUAAAAUUGUUUCAUCCCAAUUUGACAUAAACACAAUGCAUUUACACCCAGAAUUAGCUGCUGCAACUCAAAUGCCUGAUAAUGGCUCAGGAAAAAAAGAAAUCUAUCGUAUCGAUCAAUUUAAAAUGAUUCCCUAUGCUGAAUCAAUGCAUGGAACAUUUUUCUCUGGAGAUUCAUUCGUUAUCCAAUAUACAUACAGUGAUCAGCAACGUUCAAAUACAUUAAUCUAUUUUUGGUUAGGUCAUUUUUCAAGUAUAGAUGAACAAGCAGCGGCCGCUAUUGGUGCUGUUGAACUAGAUAAAAAAAUUAAUGGCACUGGAACGAUCAUACGUGUUGUUCAAGAUAAAGAGCCACCUCAUUUUAUGGCAAUGUUUCAAGGUCAUAUGAUUAUUUUCAAACACGGUAAACGAAGUGGUUUCAGAAAUUUACAAUAUCAUGAUGAAAAUACCAAUGAGAAUGAAGACACUUAUUUGUUGCAAGUGCGUGGUAUAUCAAAAUAUGAUACAAAAGCUGUACAAGUUGAUUUACGUGCUUCAUCAUUAAAUUCGAAUGAUUGUUUUGUUUUAUUUACUGCACAUUGUGUUUAUAUUUGGUGUGGGAAAGGAUCAACUGGAGAUGAACGUGAAAUGUCAAAAGUCGUCGCUAGUUCAAAAUCGAGAGAACCAAUUAUGGUAUUUGAAGGACAAGAAAAAGAAGAAUUUUGGAGCCAUUUUCCCUAUGGAAAAGAAGCAUAUGCUUCUGAUAAGCGUCUGGGCGAGCAUCAAUCAUCAUUAAAUAGUAUAAAUGAUCAUCCGGCAAGACUUUACGAAAUAUCAAAUGCUAGUGGACGAAUAACAGUUACUGAAAUCCCCAAUUUUACACAGGCUGAUCUCGAUGAAGACGAUGUGAUGCUACUCGAUGCAUGGACAUGUGUAUUCUUAUGGAUUGGAAAACAUUCAAAUAAAACCGAAAUGAAAGAUGCCGAGCGCAUUGUUUUUGAUUAUUUACGUACUGAUCCAAGUCAUCGCGAUUCAGAUACACCAAUUAUGAAAACAAAACAGACAUAUGAACCGAUACAUUUUACUGGCUUCUUUGGCCCAUGGGAUAAAAAUUAUUGGACAACAAAAUCAUCAUAUGAAACAACGAAAGCAAUGCUACAUGCAAAUAAUAGACCUGAAAUUUAUGCUGAGCUCAUACGUGAUAAACCGAAACAAAAUAUUUUAAAUCGAACAGCAGUAACAAAAUACUCAUAUGAAAUAUUAGUAAAACCAGCCGAUGAAUUGCCCGAAGACGUCAAUCCAGAAUUAAGAGAAGUAAUAAAACCGCCAUAG